UGUGUUCGCCGCUAUCGUUGCGCUUUAAGUGUAGCCUGUUUUGUGGGCACAGGUUCGCCCAAUAAAAGCUAGUUUUGUCUUUCACAGUAUUGCUACUGUGUUCUUUAACGUCACUACCACGUGACAUCUGGUGGAGGUGCUAGUGCGUUCAUGUACCGAACGCCCCUGCGAAGCCGCGAUCCAAGCCCGAAGCCCGAGGACAAAACUAACAUCGCCCUAGACCAGCGUGCUAGCCGCAGACUGCAAGGACUGCCCCCAGAGCAAGGACUUCUACCUGAGUCGAGAAAGAAGAUCGUGGUCAAAGCAACCCCAAUGGCUGCCCCAGCGUCCCCCGUUAUCCUACAUCAACCUCGGGACCCACCGACCUUCCAUGGAGCAGCGACUGAAGACCCAGAAUCCUGGCUGGAGACCUACGAACGAAUCGCGACUUUUAACAACUGGGACUCCGACGACAAGCUACGGCAUGUAUACUUUGCCUUAGAAGAUGCCGCCAGAACAUGGUUUGAGAACCGGGAGUCGACCUUGACGACAUGGGACCUCUUCCGUACCGGCUUCCUGGGCACCUUUACGAGCGUCGUGCGCAAGGAAAGGGCCGAAGCCAUGCUAGACGCCCGAGUGCAGCUACCUAAUGAGAACGUUGCCAUCUUCGCGGAAGGAAUGAACCGUCUGUUCCGCCAUGCCGACCCGGAUAUGCCUGAGAAGAAAGACCGCCUUCUCAUGCGUGGUGUGAAGGAAGAACUUUUCGGCGCAAUGAUACGAAGCCCACCGAAGACCGUAGAAGAGUUCCUUCGCGAGGCCACCAGCAUCGAGAAGGCACUCGAAAUGCGGAAACGGCAAUUCAACCGCCGUACAAGCUCUACCCACUACGCAGGAAUUCAAUCACUGGCCACGGACGAUCUGCGUGAGACCAUCAGGGCCAUAGUGCGCGAAGAACUGCGCAAGGUCUUGCCUUCGUCGCAGCCUCAAGUGGCCUCGAUCGCCGACAUCGUGAAAGAAGAGGCUCACCGAUCGCUUGAAGUUGCUGAGGUGCAACCAGAAUCACCACAGCCCCAGCCGGAAGCAAUGACCUACGCCGCCGUCGCACGCCGUCAAGGCCCCCCUCCGCGACCGCGUCAGGGCCCUGUGACGCCGCAAUUCCGUCGUCCGCCGCCGCCGCCGCCAGGACGCCCACCCGCCGCCCAGCGCACCUACGCGAGGAAGACGGACAUUUGGCGAGCCCCCGACCACCGCCCGCUCUGCUGUCACUGCGGAGAAGCCGGCCAUGUGUACCGCCGAUGCCCAUACCGCGACUUGGGACUGAGAGGGUUCGCCGUGAAUGCGCCGCGUCCACAGCUUGGCGAGCGCCUACGUGACAUCACCGAUUACCUCGCCGCUACUCAGUGGAGCCCUCGACGGCCGUCCCGUUCGCCGUCACCAGGCCGCUACCUGUCGCCGCAGCGCCCACCAUACACCGGCCCAGCCCGGGGUCGCUCUGCGAGCCCAUAUCCGAAAAACUAAAAGCAGCAAGCGAUGGAGGUGCGGUUGCUGUUCGUCGAACUGACGAAGAUCCUCCGCCCCCGACGAAGACGACAAAGAAACCAUCUCGACGACCUAAUGACGUCACGCCGACGAUCCGACGAAGUCAGGAAGCCAAGACUACACCGACGAAAGACGGCUUGACGACGCGACGACGCAGCCAUGAUCCGACGCCGAGACCUAACUGUAACGCCAGACAAAGAACCACCGACCUCGACGUGCUUCUCGACGGCCACGAUGUUACCGCCUUAGUGGACACAGGGGCUGAUUACUCCGUCAUGAGUGGGCACAUCGCCGCCCAAUUGAAGAAGGUUAAGACUGCAUGGGAAGGCCCUCGAAUUCGCACCGCUGGAGGACACCUGAUUACGCCGACUGGAAUCUGCACGGCAAGAAUAACCAUUCAUGACCGGACUUACCCUGCCACCUUUGUUAUCUUCCAACAGUGUUCAGGAGACGUCAUUCUCGGUAUGGACUUCCUGAACCAACACGGCGCAAUCAUCGACCUGAAGUUGAAGUCAAUAACGCUGUCGAAAGAUAAAGCAAUACCGCCGGAGAGCCCUCGUAGUCACCACGCCUUGAGUGUGCUCGAAGACCAAGUGAGCCUCCCGCCUCGCUCCAGCAUUGUUAUUUCGGUCGGCACCGAAAUACCCGCUGACGUAGGUGUCAUCGAAGGCGACCAACGUCUACUGCUAGACCGUGAAAUUUGCGUCGCAAGAGGGAUCGCUCGACUGCACGGAGGGAAAACUGAAGUGUUGCUGACAAACUUCAGCCAGGAGUUCAAGCACAUCAACAAGGGCACGACGAUCGCGUACAUAGAGGAAAUUCUGGAAACCAGUAAUGCGUUUAUCCUCUCGGAUUCCGCCGCAUCUACCCCGACGACCAUGGUUCCCGAACCAGACUACGACAAUAAUCAAAGUCUCCCAGUGAUUAAGAAACAGCAGCUCAGAAGUCUGCUCCGACGAUACAAAGGCUGCUUUUCGACGUCAUCGAGGAUUCGACAAACACCAAUCGCCAAGCAUCGCAUAAUCACCGAGGAGUACGCUCGACCACUCCGCCAAAGUCCUUACCGAGUUUAACGCGAAGCUAUAAGAGAACAAGUCGACGAAAUGCUGCGCGACGACAUCAUCCAGCCGUCGAAAAGCCCGUGAGCUUCCCCUGUUGUCCUGGUGAAGAAAAAGGACGGAACCCUACGUUUCUGCGUCGAUUAUCGUCGUCUGAACAAGAUCACGAAGAAGGACGUAUACCCCCUCCCACGGAUAGAAGACGCAUUGGAUCGGCUCUGCAACGCUAAGUCCAUCGAGGAAUAGAAGUCGGCGAAAGAGAUCGCGAAAAGACCACCUUCAUCACAACAGACGGCCUCCACGAGUUCAAGGUUAUGCCAUUUGGACUGUGCUCGGCGCCUGCAACGUUCCAGCGCGUGAUGGACACGGUUUUAGCGGGAUUGAAGUGGCAGACCUGUCUCGUUUACUUGGAUGACGACGUUGUAUUCGCCGGAACUUUCGACGAUCACCUUAGGCGGCUCGCCACAGUACUAGAGGCCAUCAAGUCAUCAGGGCUCACUCUGAAGCCAGAAAAAUGCCGCUUCGCUUAUGAUGAGCUUCUGUUCCCAGGCCACGUCAUCAGUAAAUCCGGAGUACGCCCCGACCCCCAGAAAACAGCUGCCAUCGCAAAGUUCCCGCAGCCCACCGACAAGAAGGCAGUGCGUAGAUUCCUUGGCAUGUGUGCCUACUACAGGCGCUUUGUCAAGGACUUUUCACGCAUCGCCGAGCCGUAGACACGUCUAACUAAAUGUGAUGUUGAGUUCAAGUGGGAAACGCCGCAUGCCGAUGCAUUUGAAGAACUCAAACGACCCAUGCAGUAGCCGCCGGUACUUGCUCACUUCGACGAGUACGCCGAUACAGAAAUCCAUACUGACGCCAGUAGCCUAGGCCUCGGUGCCGUUCUAGUCCAGAGGAAAAACGGAGUCGAACAGGUGAUAUCUUACGCUAGCCGGUCGCUGUCAAAAGCGGAAGGCAACUAUUCUACGACCGAAAAGGAAUGCCUCGCCAUCGUUUGGGCUACAGCUAAAUUUCACCCUUAUCUUUAUGGCAGGCCAUUCAAAGUCGUCAGUGACCAUCACGCGUUGUGUUGGCUAGCGAGUAUAAAGGAUCCUUCAGGACGACUGGCGCGGUGGAGCCUCAGACUACAAGAAUACGACAUCACUGUAACCUACAAGUCCGGACGAAAACACUCCGAUGCCGAUUGCCUAUCACGCGCCCCCAUUGACCCGCCGCCGCAAGAUGACGAAGAUGACGACGCCUUUCUUGGAAUGAUAAGCGCGGAAGACUUCGCUGAACAGCAACGGGCAGACUCGGAGCUGAAAGGUCUCGUGGAAUAUUUGGAAGGGCACACCGACGUUGUCCCCAGGGCAUUUAAGCGCGGAUUACCUUCCUUCACGCUUCAAAACAAUCUACUCGCGAAGAAGAACUUUUCACCAGUCCGCGCCAACUACCUUCUUGUUGUCCCGUCAGGACUUCGUCCAGAAGUAUUGCACGCCCUACAUGACGAUCCGACCGCUGGACACCUCGGAUUCUCCCGGACACUAUCAAGGAUACAAGAAAAGUAUUAUUGGCCGCGCCUCACCGCCGACGUCGCCCGUUAUGUCAGAACCUGCCGAGACUGUCAGCGACGCAAGACACCGCCGACAAGGCCAGCCGGAUUACUACAGCCAAUCGAGCGUCCUUGCCGACCAUUCCAGCAGAUCGGGAUGGACUUGCUGCGACCCUUUCCGACGUCAACAACCGGAAAUAAGUGGAUCGUCGUGGUGACGGACUACCUCACCCGCUUCGCUGAAACUAAAGCACUGCCGAAAGGUAGCGCAGCCGAAGUGGCGAAAUUCUUUGUUGAAAACAUCCUGCUGCGUCAUGGCGCCCCAGAAGUCCUCUUCACUGACAGAGGAACGGCUUUUGCAGCGGAGCUCACCCAAGCCAUACUGAAAUGCAGUCAAACAAGGCACAGGAGGACAACGGCCUACCAGCCGCAGACGAAUGGUCUUACGGAGCGGCUGAAUAAGACCCUCGCCGACAUGCUAGCCAUGUACGUCGACGUCGAACACAAGACCCGGGAUGCCGUCCUGCCGUACGUAACAUUCGCUUACAACACGGCGGUGCAAGAAACAACACAGAUCACGCCGUUCAAGCUGGUCUACGGCAGGAACCCGACGACGACGCUUGACGCCAAGCUGCCGCACGUCACUGACCAGGAGAACGUUGACGUCGCUACCUAUCUCCAACGCGCCGAAGAAGCCCGACAGCUCGCCCACCUGCCAGCAGAGGACCGACAGCCGACACUACAACCUCCGACGACGCUUCGUCGAGUACCAGCCCGGCGACCGUGUUUGGGUAAGGAUCCCGAUACGCCGACGAGGACUCAGUGAGAAACUACUCCGACGCUAUUUCGGACCCUUCAAGGUCAUCCGACGUAUUGGUGCUCUGGACUAUGAGGUCGUGCCAGACGGCAUUUCGCUAUCACAGCGGCGCCGCUCACGACCUGAAAUAGUCCAGGUUGUGCGACUCAAACCGUACUACCAGCGUUAAUGAACUUUGGGGCUUCGCGUAACUGACCUUUGGACUUUGUUUCUUUUCGUUUUGUUACUUAUGUUUAAUAAGUGUCCUUUUGUGUUUCGCUCUCUUAUAUUUGUAGCAUCGGGACGGUGCUUUUUAAGAGGGGGGUAUUGACAAGUGUACUUAUCUUUAUCGCGCAACCACGUUUCGCAGCCUAACAAAUGUAAUCGCACAGCGUGGGACGCGCCUGUAUGUAUUAGAAGUUUCUGGAAAGUUAUCGAUACUUCUAUCCGGCUGUCUGUUGUCGCCGAAACCUUGUGUUAUCUGAUUUCAUCGCGUAACGCGAAUGGUGUAGAACUUUUUGGAAGGCACGCGGGUCCGAGCGAUUAGUCUGGAACAUUCGAUGACUGCUCUAUAAAAGCCGACGCGCUUAACCCCCUGAUCAGAUUUUCGACGAUCGCCGACUGUGUU